AUGAAGUUCGCAGUCAAGGAAAUCAAGCACACCAAAUCGGGUGCGUCAUGCCGCAUUCAUGAGUUCGGGGCCACUGUGUUAAGCUACACAAGCGCCGCCCGUCGAGAGAUUCUUUUUGUGUCUCGCGACGCCAAACUAGAUGGAAGCAAGGCAGUCCGUGGAGGAAUUCCUCUGGUUUUUCCUAUAUUUGGACCCCCAAAAGAUGAAUCUUCGACUAUGCCUCAACAUGGUUUUGCGCGUAACAACGUGUGGUCAACAGUGGAAGGAUCCGAAUUCGACGAAGAUGAUUCAGCGGGAAUAUCUUACGAGCUCGAUUUCAACAAAGUAACUGCUGGGAAAGGAACCAACAAUUCAUGGGAAAGCGGGUGCUAUAAUGUCAAGCUUAUCUUGGAUAUUUCUAUUACUGGUGAUGCUCUCACUACAAUCCUGAAUAUUCACAACACAGGUGAAGAAGCGUUCCCGUUCGAAGCGUUGUUCCAUACGUAUUACUCGAUCGACGACCAUUCUGCUAUGGACGGCAGCAAGUGCUUUGUCCAAGGUUUGGAAGGAUACAAUGCAUACGAUCAACUGACCAAAAGAAAUAAGAUGAUAGGCAGUGAGCCCAUCACGAUCGACUCUGAAUUGGAUAGCAUUCACACGCCACCUGAUGGUAUAUAUAUUGCCGAUCUACUUAUUGGAGUCGGUGCAACCGAAACCAUCAAGCUUGUAUGUAGUGGGAAAGUGGACGGGCGGGAAGUGCCGGUCUCAGUUGUGGUUUGGAAUCCGCAUGAAAAGAAGGCAGCCUCGAUGGGAGAUUUUGGUAGCGACCAGUACGUCGACAUGCUCUGCGUGGAGCCUGGUCUUUUGCGAGGCGACACGCUGGAUGCAGGCAAGAAAGCAACGAUGAAGCAGAUAAUUGCUGCCUAA